AUUACUACUUCCAGUUUUAAUUAACUUGUGCGGCAUCAUUUCAAUUUUGGUAACUUUACAUUUGAGGGAUCAGCACACAAAAUGCCGUCAGCAUUAGUUAUUUUGAGUGAAGGAGCAGAGGAAAUGGAAACUGUCAUUAGCGUUGAUGUUCUCAGACGUGGAGGGAUAGAAGUUACUAUGGCGGGCCUGGUGGGUACAGAUGCUGUGGUAUGUAGCAGACAAGUAAGUCUUGUACCUGAUAAAAGUUUGGAGGAGGCAAUGAAAGGUGGACCGUAUGAUAUUGUGGUAUGUCCUGGUGGGGCAAAGGGAGCCCACAACCUAUGUGAGUCUGCAAUAGUUGGUAAAUUAUUACAAGAUCAAGAGUCUAAUGGUAGAUAUAUCGCCGCUGUAUGUGCUGGCCCAACAGCAUUGUUACAACAUGGGAUAGGAAAGGGAAAGAAAAUAACGUCACAUCCAGGUGUUGCAGACAAACUAAAAUCAGGAGGUUACAACUACAGUGAAGAUAGAGUGGUACAGGAUGGAAAGAUCAUCACAAGUAGAGGUCCAGGAACAUCUUUUGAAUUCGCCAUAAAAAUUGUAGAAGCUUUAGCGGGAGCCGAAAAAGCUAACUCCUUGAUCGCACCUAUGUUAUUAAUGAUGUGAAUUGAUAUAUUAUUGAACUUUUGCCAUGUAUUUAAAGUUGAGCUUUUCUACAAUUUUACCCCGAAUAGCCACUUUUCGACGUGAGACCGUUGGCUACUGUACAAUGUAUUACUCAACAGGUGACUCCUUCGGAUUGUUGUUUAAUUUUCGGAUUUAUUUGAUUUUUGGUUUAAAUACAAUUUUCUCAAAUGUAUUGUAGACGAAACAACGCGUCUGACAUGGUUAACACGUAUCAUCGUAUGUAUUGUAAACAAGAGUAAUAAAAAGUUAUAACGCGAUGGUUGUAGAUUAUUAAAUGAUCUUCAAUUUGUUAAUAUGU